AUGGCGACGAACACACCACCCCGUCCCCCCGCCCUUGGGUCCUUCAUCGAUAACGGCUCUCUCGAGCUCAUCUCUGUUCUUGGCUACGGUGGCUACGGAAUCGUCUACCGUGCACUAGACACGACUUCCGGCGCUGGACAACGUACCUACGCUGUCAAAUGCCUCUUCCACUCACAGUCCCGCUCCCACCGACAAAGGCGCCUUCAGAUGCAGGAGAUCGCUCUUCACCAACUUGCCUCUCUCCAUCCUCACGUCGUCAGCCUCCAUCGAGUGAUUGAGGAGGAUGGAUGUACCUUCAUCGUGAUGGACUACUGCCCUGAUGGUGACCUGUUUGCCCAGAUCCUGCAUAAGCGUCGAUACCUUGGUCACGAUGGCCUUAUCAAGCACGUCUUUCUGCAGAUUCUGGAUGCCGUUGAAUAUUGUCACUCGCUUGGCAUUUACCAUCGCGAUUUGAAGCCAGAGAAUGUCCUCUGCUUCAACGGUGGUUUACGCCUGGCUAUCACUGACUUUGGUCUGGCCACGACAGAGAAAAUCAGCGAGGAGUUCCGCACUGGCAGCGUGUAUCACAUGAGUCCCGAAUGUCAGGGCGGUAUAUUCGCACCGUCUGGGACGUACUCACCACCCUUCAAUGACGUCUGGUCGCUCGGUAUCAUUCUUCUCAAUCUCAUUACCGGCAGAAACCCAUGGAAAUCAGCCUCCCCGUCUGAUCCAACCUUCCACGCUUACCUCCAGGAGCCAGCGAACUUCCUUCCAAGUGUACUCCCCAUCUCCGCCGAAGUGAAUGAAAUCCUGCUUCGCACCCUUGACGUAGACUGGCGGACUCGAAUUACGAUCGCUGAGUUGCGAUUUGCUAUCAAGGGCGUCAACAGCUUCUACGCAGAAGACGCUGUGUUCGAGGGGAGCAUGGCUCGGUGCUCUUGGGAAGUUGGCAUCGAUAUCACGGGCAGCUCGACUCCUGAAGACGAGCCUGCCGAACUACCGAAGAAAGAGCUCAAGUCGGUGUGGAGUCAGGAGUCUGGAUCGCAGAUGGUCUUUGCUGCCCAUUCGGAGACCGAUAAGUCGUGGACGGAGGAACCUUCGUCGGCUACCUGGGGUGCAGAUUCUGCUCUACGUUCGCGUUCUCCAUCCCCCUCCCCUCCCGAGCUCUCGACGAGCUACGAACUUUACGACGACAGGCGGACCCCCUCAUCGUCCUCCUCCAUGUACUCACCAGCGCUCUCAGAGCCGUCGCUUUCUAAUCGCUACGACGAC